CAGCUUUCAAAGCUUCCUCCCAAUCAAUCAAUCAGACAUUACUACUUCCAUUGUUUUUAAAUCUCUCAACCUUCCCAUCGACUUUCACCUAUCGCGCAUCGAAGCAGAAGUUUCCCUAUCAGCAAAUCUAUUCACCAUGGGGGACGAUCUCGUCAUUUAUUAUAAUGACUCCAUCGACUCAGAUAACUUGGCCGCGGCUAUGGCCUUGUUCAAGGCCACAUACUGGAAGCCGACCGUCCGCGUACUUUGGAUUCUAGAGCCUCGUCAAGUGUGUUUCGGACUAUCUAUGACAAUGGAUCAAAUCACCAGAUGCAAGGAAUUGAUAAAACAGCACUUUCCAUCCUUUGAGAACCCUUUCAAGACCCUUUUGAACGGAGAUAUCAAGCAGCAGGAUAUUGAUGAUAUCAAAGAUCUGACAAAAGAUAAUCGCAAGAUCCUCGAGAUGGCAGUGAAGCCCAAGUAUGGCUCAAUCAACGACGCCACCUUGCAUGCACGGCUAAGUGCACUGGACCUGGCAACUUGUCUUUCCGAGUGGUCUAACAACAACCCCGUCGAAGUUCUUGUGGACUACGAGACUCUGGAACAUAUCGAAAACCCAGUGAAUCUGCACAUGCAUCACCAUGAAGAGCUUGUCAACCGGACUGAAAAUGAGCUGAAGGAAUACUACGACAUCCUGAAGAAAGUGUUACAUUUCGGCCGUCGAACCGAUAACCUGCGGGGUUGGUAUAACAAGUGCAUCUGGCGACUCGAGCAUGAUAGAAAGCUCUCAGACAUUUCUGUGGAACGACUUGUCUUGGACAAAGUUUUGAAUCGGAUCCAGACCGCGGGAAGCGUUCGUUUCUUUGGGGGUUCUUCGUUGAGAAUCCUACAACAGUUCCUCGAUAGAGGCGUAGCCAGCAAGAUCAAGUGUCACUUGCAGGUGGGUUCCUGCGACAUGUCAGCGAAUCUCUUCUCCAACCAGUUCAACAUCGCCCUCAACCAACAAGCAGCCAAGAUCGUUCUCAGCCGAUCUGCGGAAUUUGCAGAGUUCACCGUCGUGCCUUCACAUACAGCGCAGAGUAUAAAGUACUCAGCCCUAGGCCUGAAGAAAUUCGGAGGCCACUGUAUCGAGAAGCGAAUUCUGGGCUUCAACUGCCACGAGGAGCCCGUCAAGAUCGUCACAAAUGAAGUGUCACUUGAGCAACAAUACCCUGACAAAUCCUACUCCAUGCCAGACUUAACCUCGUUUUUGUGUGCACUUGUUCCAGGGCACAUGGGUUCCAAGCCAGGGUAUAUCGAGGUCGACGAACAGGAGGGCGGUACACUUCUUUUUAAAAAGUCUGACAAGGGCAUCCCCAUGUUUGAUCUGGACGGCGUCAAGGAGUUGGAUGAGGAACAGAUCACGACGAUUUUCGAAUCAUUAACACGUGGCGAAAGAGAAAAGUUAGACUUCUACAAUAUGACUUAUUUGGACUCUGACGAGAGUGAAAUUAUACAACAGGCGCUUCAAGUGCAAAUUCUAUUGGGUAGGUCGUUUAAUAUCGCUAAUCAGCCACAAGACGGGACCCUUCCGUGUGGCGCCGUUGCCAGCCUUGCGAGCCCCCUCUCCAAGUUGACUAUUUCAACGAAACCUCAACAGCUUCGGCUCUUCACCAAGGAGCAGCUCGCGACAAUGCGACAGAAGCUUGAAGAGGACAAUGCCGAACUGGUGCGAAUGUUUCCGCUUCCGCAGCAACGCCAUUUGUACAUAUAUUUUAAUCAACAAUUGAUACGGCUGGCGAAGCGAUUAACGAUUCGACAACAAUCCAUGGCCACGGCGCAGGUCUACAUGAAGCGAUUCUACUCCAAAGUCGAGAUUCGCCGAACGAACCCAUACCUCGUCAUAGCGACCGCGAUAUACCUAGCCUGCAAAAUAGAAGAGUCUCCUCAACAUAUUCGACUCAUCGUGACAGAGGCGCGACAGAUGUGGGGAGAUCUCGUGGCCAUCGACACGUCCAAGCUGGGCGAGUCCUUGCGAAGCGAAUUAUCGUUGGUGGACGACGAAGUGCAACUGGCUCGCUCGGUCAUCAACGAUCACUUCAUGACGGAUCUUCCGCUCCUAUACCCUCCACAUAUUAUCGCCAUGGUUGCCAUCCUACUGGCCUUGGUGUUGAGACCUAAUAACUCCGGUCCUGGCCAGAACACUUCAGGAGCGGCCGCCGCAGCAGGACUAGCAGCCGCUCAACAGGCGCUGAUGCGAGCACAGGGCCAACAAGCACAAGGUGGAAUGCCCGAGCCUGCUGCUGUAGAACCUAAGGAGAAGCGGCAACAAGAUCGGGUGUCGCGGGUGCAAAAAUUUGCGAAAUGGCUGGUCGACAGCAACGUGGAGAUUGCAUCUAUGGUGGAUGCUACUCAGGAGAUAAUAUCAUUUUAUGAAUGUUAUGAACAUUACAACGACAAGCUCACUCGCGAACAGAUCAACAGAUAUGCGGAAGUGUAUUUCGAUGAUUUGUCGGACCAUAUGCCCGGAACUGUCUGA